CCGCCAGAGAUCGCGCACACGACGCGGAGCCGCGAGGUGCGUGGCUGACGCGGCGCCUCGACUGCAACUUCGCUCAAAGUCCUCUCGCCCUCUCCGAUAAACCACCGCCACCCCGCAUCACCCAGCUGACUAACACAGCCGCCACAACUAGCGCACGACAACAAUAACUGUAAACGACGGAGGCGUCGCAAGCGUUCCGACCGCCGGGAGUCGUCGCAGCUCGCGAGAAGUGAGUGAGCGAGCGAGCGAGCGGGAGGGAGGGAGGGGACAACCGGAACGGCAACACCGGGGCAAGCGCCGGGCCCCCCACCACCAACAACAACAACCAUCGCCCCGUCGCGCGCUUUGAACGCCGCCGCCAGCCCCCAACAGCGCGCGGGGAGAUUUCAUCAAAUUUUUUUUUCGUAAAAAAAAUAUUUUUAUUUUAUAUUCCCAAUUAAUUCCUUUCUCCGAUCCCGAACUACUAGGAUCGUCAAUUUCCACGAGUUACUUAAACCCCUCCCCCCAUUCCUUCGUUUGACCGUACAUUUCCUCCAAUUUAGUUAGUUUGUUUGUUAAUUUCUACUUAAACCUUCCACUUCUUUGAGAUCGUCUGACAUCUCCGCUCGAACAAACCGUGCCCGUGCAAUGGGGGGCCGUGGCACGCGGCACGGGACGCCGACGCCGCCGCCGCCGCUCCUGCUCCAGCUGCGACUUCUCGUGCUGCUGCUCCUCCUCCUGCUGCCGCCGUCCUUGUCCUCGGCGCAGAACGACGAGUGGUACACGGCCUUCGUGAACGUGACGGUGGUGGACCCUCUGGCGUCCAACCGCAGCGUGUCGGCGCUGGGCGCGCCCGCCGAGACUGGCCGCUACGGGGGCCACUCGCCCAAGGAGGACGCGCAGGGGCUGCUGAGGGCCCCCCUGCGCGGAGUGAACGCGUGCGGAGCGGGCAGCCGCUUCUUCGGGCCCGGCGAGACGCCGCCGCCGCGGUGGGUGGCCUUGGUGGCACGAGGCAACUGCACGUUCCGGGAGAAGAUCGUGAGGGCGCGCAACCAGAGCGCGUCCGCCGUGCUCGUGUACAACUUGCCCGACACGGACGGGGAAGUGGUCACCAUGAACCACCAAGGUACGGGCGAUAUUGUGGCGGUGAUGAUCCCGUACUGGCAGGGUCAGAAGAUGCGGAUGCUCAUGAGGAACGCCACCCUUUGGGCGUUCAUCACCAAGGGCACACGCAACGUGCAAUACACCCGCGGGCCCUCCGUCGUGUUCGUCUCCGUCUCCUUCAUCCUGCUCAUGAUCGUCUCACUCGCCUGGCUCAUCUUCUACUACGUGCAAAAGUUCCGCUACGCCUCGGCUCGCAACCGCAACCAGCGCCGAUUGGAGGAUGCAGCCAAAAAGGCCAUUGGACAGAUCCCGUCGAAGACCAUCAAGAGGGGCGAUCGGGAGACGGAGACGGACUUUGACAACUGUGCCGUGUGCAUUGAGGAAUACAAGCCCAGCGAGGUGGUGCGGAUCCUCCCGUGCAAGCACAUGUUCCACAAGACCUGUGUGGAUCCAUGGCUCGUGGACCACAGGACAUGUCCCAUGUGCAAGCUCAACAUCCUCAAGGCUUUGGGCAUCCUGGUUAACGAGGAGGAGUGCGGCGGGGAGGAAGAGCUGGGGGUCGGGGCCGGCGGGCCCACGGGCAGCCACGGGCGGGUGGCCGACGGCAUCCUGGGCACGGCCGACCCCAACGCCCACACGAACCAGGCGUUCGUGUCCGAGAGCAGCUCGGCGCAGAGCUCGCCGCCCUACGAGCAGCCGCAGUCGCCCGUCAGCCCGCCGCCCUCGUCGCAGCAGCAGCAGCAGCAGCAGCCGCCGCCGCCGUCGUCGCCGCCCUGCAGCGAGCCGCCGUCCCCGCUGCCCCCGGUGGAGUACCCGGAGCCUUACGCCCCGGCGGGCGCGGCGGAGGUGGAGAGGGUGUGCGUGGGCAGCCCGGACUCUUCUCCGUGUCGUGUGGAGAUCCGCUCCGUCCUCCCCGAGCUCAACGAACCCCCGCAGUCUGACAACAAGUUGUGAACCCGGGGGGAAGGGGGCGGGAGGGGCAGCGGGGUGGGAGGGGGGUAUUUGUUGCACAGCAAGGUGAUAUUGGGAGCUACACAUCCCUUAAUUAAUUUCUUCUCUAACUCCCCAGCACACGCUCCUGGUUUCCACAUCAAUCUGCCUCGUCUAUUCCCGCGUCCAGUUAUACGCCUCCGCUGAAGGUGGAGGCAUUUAAGUCGCGGGGUGGGUGAGAAAAUGGGGAGUUGUAAUUUGGAAGGGGCAUAUAUACACAGGGUGGUGGUGGUGGUAACACCGUGUGACAGCUGUAGGCUGUUUCACAGUGAGUGGAAAGCUUUUAGUUAUUUUUGGUGGAAAGGUGCAUAAUUUUAUUCAGGGCAAAUGGCAGCCCUCCAAUCGGCCUUGGGGAAUAGUGGGAGAAAAUUCCGAACCGCAAAGUUACUGAGAAACAACACAAUAGCUCCGAUUGGUUUUUCAAGCUUGGUGAAGACACUUCAUGGUAAUUAAACGGCUACAAUUCCUGUUUUAAAGACGACUCCAUGUAUGCAUGCCAUUUAAAUGACAUUUUAGUUUGCUGCUUUUUAGUUCACAAUUCUGCUCAUGAUUAAAUACUAUUCAUGGAACAUUGGAUCAAUUGUAAGCCUUUUAAAUAUAAUUUUCAAUGUCAUGGUAAUGUCACAGCAGUCGAACGUACAAUAUCUUGGGUAUCGUAACAAUAAUGUAAUUCAUUUGUUCUAAUUUUUUUUACAUGGCGCAUUCAAUAUGCAAAUUAAACACCAAAUUUAGCUUAUGGUUCACUACAGGUAAACCAUAAAUACAUAAAUAACUAUAAAUGAGUGAUCGAGGCCUUGCGAUGAAUUGAAUUGGAAAGACACACAAUGUGCUGUUCUUAGGAAAUUCUAUUGAUAUCAAAAUACGAAGCACCUUAAGAUUAAUUGAUACAAUCGUGGCAAAAGGUGAAUCUAAAAAAUAAUAAGUCUUUUGUAAGUUACAAUUUUAUACUUAUUAACCGGCAUAGGUAAUGACCUAUUUUUACAUUUCUUUGAUCCAAAAUCGUGUGAAAGAUUCAAAUUACCUUCUAAAUGUAUUACAACCUGACAAUGGAGCUGCGUUUAUUUUUAUUAUAAGCAGUUCCUCAAUCAACACUGAACGGUUUGUUUCUGUCACUCAUUGAUUUUUGUCCCUAGCCCACAUGCACGCAAUAUUGUUUAAUGUAUUCAUACCUGCAGCAGUCCAGUCAAGUGUCAGCCAACGCUCGUCUCUGUCGGCAGAAUGACGGACGACUCAAGACGGAAUCUAGCCCGGGUCACAACCUCCUCUGAACAUGUACACAAUGCAGCAGCAGCAGCAGACAAGACUCACUAUGCUCAGCCCGUUUCCCAAGAGCAGGGCAAUGGGUGUGCCGAUGCGACAAUACCUCGCGCGUGCUGGCCUAAAUAUACCGUCAUACGGCUGCGUUAACUUAUUCCGUGCUCUCGAGCCGCUUCACAAAUGGGCACGCGGUGUCGCCUCCUUCGCUUUGUCGCAAGCGUCGGGAUUUCGUCGGAAGCGAAGCCGACGCUUGCCGAGUGGGGUCUAGCAACGUUGUGACGUGCUAUCCGAGCCUGUUAUUUGUCACGCUUAAUAAUGCACGAGCAGCCAGGAAGCGCUGCAGUCAGAGCGUGCAAUCUGCAAUCGGAAGCAAGUUCAAAUCCCGGUCAGAGCCAUUCAUCCCUUGGGGGAUAGAUUAAAUAAGAACCACUUCAUGGGAAGUCAAUGGUGGUUGUCUUUUGGGUGUGCCUAGGCCCUGGCAUGGGAAUGUGAAAUUCUUAUCAUGGGCUUCGUGCUGUGAAUGGAAGUGCAUACUGGCCCGUGUUCACUUUGAACGAUUCAAACGAUUGCAGAUCGAGGCGUCUCUUCAGUCCCUAUAAUAAUAUUUUCACCAUUGACCUGCUUGCUUUAAACAGCCACUUGCAGGACCAAUCAGGUCCGAUUGCAGACUGCGGAUGCCUCCGAGCAUCCCGCAGUCUGCAUCAUGGCAAGGUGGUUGGCCGUUUGUUUCCCCAGGAAUUUGGUUAAAUUGUGCUCUGCACAGACCGUUGUCCACCGGUGCAAUGAAUGCGAGUUGCACCCCAUAUUCCAAAUGGGGCGAGUUGCUGCGAGGUACAGACCCUCCAGGGUGGGGGGGGGGGUGUUCUAUUGAGAUCUCCCAUCGGGUCUGCACGUGGAUCUCAGAAAUGUACCGGCUGUUUCGGUACUAUCGCAACAGAAACUGGUACGCCCCCCCCCCCGCCCGCUCCAUUAUUCUCUAAGGAUAUAUACACACACACACAGCUGUCAGUGGCUUGCUGUAUUUCUUUUUUUAAUAUUGCUCAAGGUGCAUUGUGGUUCUUGAAUCAUUGGGUUAAACAUGAAUAUGUAUUAUAUUUUUUGAGACGGCAUUUACCAAUGCGUUACCCACUGGUGUCUGUGUAAAUUACAAAACGCUUUAUGAAUUAAGAUCAGUCUUCUCUCUCUCUAUAUAUUUUUCUCCUGUGGCUCUCUCCAUACGAAAUACAGUACUGUAUCUAGACAAUGUGUAAUAAUGUAGGAUUACUUCAAAUCGUGUCCAUUGUGCUGUUUGCUAUGCAGCAUGAGCUCUCGUGUUGCUUUACCCCUCGCUGAGGAUGUGCUCUGUAAAUCAGCAGACAAAAAUCAAUCCAUUGGCAUCCGCAAAACCCUCUGGUAUUGUAACAAAAAAUCAUGUUGUCCCUUAUCUGUUGUUCUAUUUUCAACAAAUGGCGCAUACUUUUCCACUUUGCUGUGUACACAGUUACAUAACGGUUACUGAGCAUGACUUUAUGUCCACUGCUUUGUGUCUCAAAAUGACACUUCCAGAAGGCAAUGCCUCGAUUGUGGUUUUCAUAUCUAGCUGUCCGACGUGUUCCCGGAUUGUACAGCGUGUUUUCCAUCAUGAUGUCUGACGUUUCACAACGUGUGCCGGGAGCUUCUUCAGUUUCAGAAAAAAACACAUCGGAGAACUACACGGCACAACCACACAAUCCAACGCAGUUGGAUAUUCCACCUCUAACCUGUGUGCUGGGGAGUUGGAUCUGGUCCACCGGUCUGAAUACUACAGUUUUCACAACCUUCCAAUUGUGCCGGUCAUUUAGUUUCCAGUUGCAUUUGCACCGAGUGGAAGAGUUUGCAUAGCACUGUUGAUGAUCCCAAGAUCAGCAGCGCCACACUCCCAUCACGCCGUCUCGGGAGACGAGCGAGUGGGGUGGCAAUCAUCUCCAUUGGCAGCCCUGAGUGAGCAGCGGACUGUCUACAUUCCCAUGGAAGGGGCCCGUUUCUCCACAAGACGGCCACUGUUGUUUUUCCCACGCGCCAGUGCUAAUUUUAUGAACCCAACAAGGGGAGUGGUGGGAGAGGUCGCCGGUUCGAUCUUCUGGCACGGCAGUAGAAACAAUGUCCUUGUUUCUUAAAUCCCCCCACCUCUGUCCACCCAGUGGAAUAGUGCACCACAGCCGAUCGUCAAGUCGUAUUUGGUGCGAUAAAGUGAGGGUGCUCCCACUUUUUAAGGCAUCUGAUCAGCGUGAAUGAGCAGGCCAAAAUAUCACCUGGAGGUCCUUCUAGUGGUGGCCCUCAUGUCAGCAGUGGCAGUAAUUGCAAGGUUUCAACCUGCACUUAUUCGAGUGAUGGGCUGAAGUGACCCCUAAUUGGGAUUUAUACUAUUGCGAAGGCAUUCAAUCCGCUAAACGGUGCCACCUUGUUCCGGUCACAUUAAAAAGCAUGAUCAUUCACCUCAAUAGGCUGCCUGCCUGACUUUGACGAAUCGCCGGGGGAAACUAUUGAAGCAGACGACCAGAACGCAGCCCGGGCCAUUAUUUCACACUUGGCACUUGGAUGGGUUUCAUAAUGACCGAGGCAUGGAGCAGCAGAUGGUUCGGUGUGUAAUUCGCCCCAAUGUCGCCAGUUAUGUCAACUUGCCAUGGGCGUGUAAACAUUGAGGGACAGCGGCAGUUGCCCCUCAAGUUUUGGACUGGAGUGCAGCGAGAGCCAUAUGCGGUGUCACCGCUUGGAUUCUCGACAUGGCGCAACGCGGCUGUUUGGACCCCCGAAACUUAAAAGAUUGCUGCUUGGAGCCUCUUUAACUCUCACUGCCCUCGUUUACCCCUUCCCCACUGGCACACACGAGCUGCACCAGCGCGGUGCCCUCACGACUGUCAGCGGUGAUCAAUCCACUCGCCAGACAUCUGAAUCUGGCUCGGGGCCAAGCAGGGCCAGAGGGAUGGGAUUAAUAAUCGUCAUCAUAACACGCCUAGCAUGCGCGUUGCGUUUGGCGGCACGGCUUGGGUAACACAGUGGGAAAAAUAGCCCUGGCCACUCUGGCCCCAGAGCAGCUUGAGUUGAAGAGUGGGAAAGGAGAGGGAUUUGAGUCCUACAAGCGGCUUAUGGUGAGCAACACAGAAAAGACCUCUGCACAGUCACCAUUGACAGUAGUUGGCAUCUAGGCACCAAUUUGUGGGAAGUUAGUGAUUUUUGAAUGCCAAACUGGAUCCUGCGCACAGGAUUGUGCAACUUCAACCAAUUGUUCAGGACUGCCAACAUAAUCGGCCGUUUCAAAAAUUUGACAUUGUUUAAUGUCCCCGCAUUGUCAUUAAUUUCAAGUCUGUUGCAAUUUUCUGUAAAAAAAAGUGUUGCUUCGGUGCAUUGAUACGUGAGUGUAACAGGGUGUUUUUACUCUCAAUGUAAGGAAAGGGAUAUCUCCAUUUCUAAUCACUAGUAUUCUUAGAAUUAAUUGUAAUAAGUCUCACUGGAAUUUGGUGGGGUUGGAUCAGAAUAUCGCAUGCCUUGUGUGCUCUGAAAAAAAAAAUCUGGCAUUGUUCACCUCACGUUUCCCUGCUAAGGAGUGGCAGACAGGCACUGGCUAGCACACCAGUUCCAUUCCCAGCCACAGCAAAAAAAAUCAGUGGCGAGUGAUAUCUGAACCAGUUCUUUGACCCCCCCCCCACACCAAAUCCGCACUAACCAGCAUACAAAGCAAGGUCAAACAAUUCGCAUCCCCCUUGUGGAGGCCUUCGUCCGGCAGUGAACCGACAAAAAGGGCUGUCGUUUAUUAUCAAAUAGAUGUAUGUUCUACGACGUGGGGCAAUGCCGCCGAUGCGAUGAGGCCCGUUCGUUGUUGGCGUGCGUGUCUAUGCCCACUGCAAACGCGAUCGCUUGCAUUCUCAACCAACGACAACAACAAAAAGCACCACGUGGUUUUCUCUCUGUCAUAACCACGCGGGCAUAGGGCUUCAACGCGUCACUGUAUUAUUGCAAUGAUGAAGGACCUAACGCUGAUCUGUGGCAUUUAUUAAAACAGAAAAAUCUUGUAAUGCGUACGAGACACGGGAUUUAUACAGAACUCCCCGAAUGUUGGAUCAACCUCUCGGUAAGAGUUGAUGAUGCAUUCAUUUUCUCGAGUACCGCUCUUACACGAGUCUCUUCCGUUCAAAUGUAAUCUCCUCCCUCAACUGCACUUGUAUACAAGCAUUCAUCCUUUCUCAGAUUGGAAGUGAUGUUGCAAUCCCUCAGUAAUUGUAUGAAAUUGCUUUAACCAAUGUACUGUAUAUAUCUACAAUGAAGCACACCGAUUGUGUAUAUAUAUGGGUGAUUGUCAAAGAUCUCACCUUGCCGCCAGUUUUUUUUCUUCGCGGCAAGUUAUAAAUAAAAGUAAAAUAAUUGAGCAAAAAAAAAUCA